AGAGAUGCCAAUCAUUCAACAGGGAUGAAAGUCCUCAUUGAAUUCUCCAUUCCCAAAUACCUAGGUACAUACCAUGUAAAUACCGAGGGACAACCUGUUCUUGUCCCUUUUUAAUCCAAUUGUAUUCUUCUCUUCUCUCUCUCUCUUAUUCAUUGUUUUCCCUCCUAUCAUUUCCAUUUCUUUUUUUUUUUUUUGUACUGUAGAGUGAAGUACGAUCACACUCCCACAAUGACCAAGACAUUCACCCGCGACGAGGUCGCCAAGCACAACACCGAAGACUCGGUCUGGUUCAUCGUUGACAGCAAGGUAUACGAUGUAACCGAUUUCGUCGACGCUCACCCCGGCGGCGAGUUCGUCCUCCGCCAAGUCGCCGGCACGGACGCGACCGCCGCCUUCUACAACCUGCACCGACAUGAGGUGCUCGCCAAGUACGAGGACCUGCAGAUCGGCACCGUCGAGGGAGAGAAGCCCACCGUCGUGACACCACAACCCGGCGACCUCUCCCUCGUCCCCUACGGCGAGCCCCUCUGGCUCACCCCAGUCUUCAAAUCCCCUUACUUCAGCGAGAGCCACCGCAAACUGCAGAGGGCGAUGCGCGUCUUCACCGACAAGUACAUCACCCCCGAAGCCCAGGCCCGCGAGGUCGACGGCAAAUACAUCAGCCAGGAGCUCGUGGACCGGAUGUCGGCCGCCGGCUUAUUGCACAUGCGGCUAGGUCCCGGCAAGCACCUGCACGGCAUGAACCUUUUAGACGGCGCCGUACGCGGCGAGGAAUUCGACUACUUCCACGACAUGAUCAUCUGCCAGGAGGGCGCGCGGUCCAACGCCCGAGGCUUCCAAGACGGCCAACUAGCCGGCAUGGUGAUCGGCCUGCCGUGCAUCAUGAACUACAUGAAAGACGAGAAGCGCAAGAAGGAGCUCAUGAAUGAGAUAUUCAGCGGAAAGAAGUACAUGUGUCUCGCGAUCACCGAGGCCUUCGCCGGCUCGGACGUAGCGGGUCUGCGGACGACGGCCACGAAGACGCCCGACGGCAAGCACUACAUCGUCAACGGGACCAAGAAGUGGAUCACCAACGGCGUGUACUCGGAUUACUUCAUCACAGGCGUGCGGACAGAGAAAGGGCUGAGCGUGCUGAUCAUCCCGCGCGGCGAGGGCGUCGAGACAAAGCCCAUCAAGACCUCAUAUUCCCCGGCCGCCGGCACGGCAUACAUCACAUUCGACAACGUCAAGGUCCCAGUCGAGAACCUCCUCGGCGAGGAGAACAAAGGCAUCUACGUGAUCCUGAGCAACUUCAACCACGAGCGGUGGAGCAUGGCCUGCACCUCGGUGCGGAUGUCGAGGACAGUAGUAGAAGAGUGUCUGAAGUGGGCGCAUCAGCGCAUAGUCUUCGGCAAGCGAUUGAUAGACCAGCCCGUGAUCCGACAAAAACUCGCCAAAAUGAUAAGCCUCGUAGAAUCGAACCAAGCCUGGCUCGAAUCAAUAACCUACCAAAUGUGCAACAUGCCCUACAAGGAGCAGUCCAAACACCUCGGCGGUCCCAUCGGGCUUCUCAAGAUGAGCAUCACGCGCGCCGCGCACGAGAUCGCCGACGAGUCGAUGCAGAUCUUCGGCGGCCGCGGCCUGACGCAGUCGGGCAUGGGCCGCGUCAUCGAGAUGUUCCACCGCACCUACAAGUUCGACGCCAUCCUGGGCGGUGCCGAGGAGGUCCUGGGCGACCUCGGCGUGCGCCAGGCUAUGGCUAAGAUGCCCAAGAACUCCAAGCUAUAAUCGAUUGAAUUGAUUGAUUAGUGGAUAAAGAAGAGAAGAGGAUCUAAAUGAAGCAGAAAGUGUACAGUAUACCCUAGCCUAGACGAUAUGUCGUCCAAGAUGCGUUUUCGUACAAUUUUUCACAGCAUGAGCGUUGCAUAUAUAGGAAUUUAAAAAAAAAAACAAAAAAAACAUGCACAAAACCAUAGACAAGUUGUAUGAGGAUAUUAGCAUGAAUUGCGACAUACUACCUAUACCUAAUAAGCCGCUG